GUAAAUUAGCAUGCUCAAUAAGAUUUCAGGAAACGCUGAGUUUGGCUUGCAAGAGUGGCCAUCAUCCUCACCCCCAGCUUUGCGUUAGUGAUAGUUGUGUGCUCUAGUCACUGAAUAAAUAAAUACUAAUUAAAUGAAUGAUGCAGUUUCUAGCAUUUCUUCCAGAGCUGUGGAGAGAGGGGUGGCAGGGAACCCGAACUCUCACCACAGGGUGUGCCUCUUCUGUGUUAGAGACUGGAAUUAAUCCAGCAAUACUAACUGUGCAAGGGAGCUUGCUUAGGAAAUGUAUUUUACAAGAGACAGGAAGGUCACAUUGUAGAAUUAGAGAACUAGGUAGCACCUGAGCGGUCUUCUUAUUCAAUCCACUCUUGAGCCUGGGCAUUUUUGAUGUUUAUUGAAAAGAAAAGAUUUUUGUCCCAGGUUAUCCACCUAAAGAAUAGUAGUAGAGCUAGGGCUAGAAUCCACGUCUUCUGUUGUUUUUUCCAUUAUAUCAUAACCCAGCUCUAUUCCCUUUUGGAAGAAGGGGGCAGUUGUAUUGCACCCUGUGUAGGGCUGUAUUUGAGGAUGGGUCUUAGGGGUUGUUAAUGAGAAGGUUGUGAGACAGAAUAAAGGUAUUACUCCUUAUACUUAUGCUGAUCUGGAGAUUUCCUCAGAAACCUCCCCCAACAAAGUGGAGAUUGAUGCCAGAACAUUUUGGGCAAGGCUUGUCAAUUAAAAAAUUCAUUAUCAGAAUGUUUUAGAGCCAAUAAAUGACAUGGAUGGUAAGCUUUGAAAUCAUAGUUUUCCAUGUGAUGAAAGUAGUUUCUUAUUAAUUUUUUGUUACUUAUAAUUUUGUAGGUUGGCAGCCUCGUUGGUUUGUUUUAGAUAAUGGAAUCCUGUCCUACUAUGAUUCCCAAGAUGAUGUUUGCAAAGGGUGCAAAGGAAGUAUAAAGAUGGCAGUUUGUGAAAUUAAAGUCCAUUCAGCAGACAACACAAGAAUGGAAUUAAUCAUUCCAGGAGAGCAGCAUUUCUAUAUGAAGGCGGUGAAUGCAGCUGAAAGACAGAGGUGGCUGGUUGCUCUGGGGAGCUCCAAAGCCUGUUUGACUGAUACUAGGACUAAAAAAGAAAAAGAAAUAAGUGAAACCAGUGAAUCUCUGAAAACCAAAAUGUCUGAACUUCGUCUCUACUGUGACCUUUUAAUGCAGCAAGUUCAUACAAUUCAAGAAUUUGUUCACCAUGAUGAGAAUCAUUCAUCUCCCAGCAUAGAGAACAUGAAUGAAGCCUCUUCCCUACUUAGUGCCACAUGUAAUACGUUCAUCACAACGCUUGAGGAAUGUGUGAAGAUAGCAAAUGCCAAGUUUAAACCUGAGAUGUUUCAGCUGUCCCAUCCGGAUCCCUUAGUUUCUCCUGUGUCACCUUCUCCUGUUCAAAUGAUGAAGCGUUCUGUCAGCCACCCUGGUUCAGAGAGGAGUAGCCACUCUAUAAAAGAACCGGUGUCUGCACUUCAUCGGCUCUCCCAGCGACGCCGAAGAACCUACUCAGAUACAGACACUUGUAAUGAUAUUCCUCUUGAAGACCCAGAUAGGCCUGUUCACUGUUUAAGAAAUACACUUAAUGGAGAUUUGGCAUCAGCCACCAUUCCUGAAGAAAGCAGACUUAUGGCCAAAAAAAAAUCUGAAUUGGAAGAUCCUCUUUCACCCUUCUCUUCCUGAGGAAACAGAAGUGUCCGACUUCCUCUAAGUAUUGCUAUGCAAAAGCUGCUGUAAUUAAACUAUGUUAUAGGGAGUAGUUUUUCCCUUAGGAUUUCUCUGCACUUUAUAGAAUAUUGUAAAACAAACAAAAAACCCACAUACCUUUGAAGUGUAUUUUAUCUUUAUAUAGUUUAUUUGCAAGAGUAUUUUCCUAAUAACUUCACAGUAUGAAUGUGCAUCUUCUUUUCUUUUUAAACAAAUGAUGGUGUAACAUUUUGACAUCCAUAAGGAUAAAUGUAGAUAUUUUUCUAAAAAACUGUGAGGGACUGACAGCCAAGUCAGUGUAUUGUAGCUUAUAAACAUGAAAUCUUAUAAACAUAAGGUUUCAGUUUGACAGAAGUGUGACAUAUGUAACUUGUGCCAUGGACCAAAUGGUCACUUUACCCCAGCUGAAGAUGAGUUACCAUAGCAGCUUGAUGGUGAUUGUACUGUAUUCCUUUAAGCAAAAAGGAAACAUUUAAUAUUCUAAAUAUUUUUAACCCAAAUACCAUGACAUUGAGGAUUUUUUUACAAACCAGACUGUGCUGUCCUUCGUAUGUGAAGUUGACACUACUGAUUUGUCAAUACCAAAUGUUGGGUUAAAGUAUUUAAUUUUUAUUUAUUUAUUUUUCUGUUGCAUCAGAAAUGACCUACCAAAUUUAAGAUGUGUAUACAUUGUCAUUUACACUGUUCUGGAAAAGAGGUUAAUGCUGUAGUGACCUUCUCAUUUCCACCAGAGAAAUAAACAACUUUCAAUGGAAGAGGAUUUUAGUGCGUUUUUCCUAAAAUAGACAUUAAGCUGCUGUUUUAAGGUGUUAAUGUUUGUAGCUCUUUAGAAUAUCUAGACAUUUUUUAAUUUAUGAAUAUUUAUACAAAAAAGGAAUUCUGUUAAGGCGACUGCUCUACAUCACUUGAGAAUGGCAUUAUUUAAUUAAAGAACAAAUAGCAUUUUUUGGUAGUUCCUGUCCAUACCUAUUGUCAGUGUUUGCCUUGUAAACUGUUUUUUUAAAUUCACUUUGGAGUGAUGGUUUUGUCCAAGGUCUUGGACGAGGAGCACUUUAAAACAAACUGGUUUGGUGUUUUUAAGUUAAUCAUGUGUUUAAUAAAUAUGUGAUUUUUGCAUUCAAACUCAUCACAUAAUACAUUGUAUUUUUUUACA